AAAGUCCGUGGAUACAUCAGCAACGCCAAUUACCACCUGAGAAAAAGCAACUUUAUCCUGUUUAUCAACGACCGGCUUGUCGAGUGCCCAUCACUUAAGCGGGCUUGUGAGUACGUCUACUCGUUGUAUUUACCGAAGAACACGCAUCCGUUCAUAUAUUUAAGCAUGGAGCUUCCACCUCGCAACAUUGACGUGAACGUGCAUCCCACAAAGCGAGAGGUGCACUUCCUACAUGAAGAAGAUAUCGUCGAUUCAAUCAGCCAAGCGAUUGAAAAGCGGCUUAAAGGUAGCAAUGAAAGUCGGAGCUUCUCUGUCCAGCCGAUCACUGCU